AAAGCAAAACAACAGAAGAAGGCGUCGCCGUCGUCAUCAUCAUCAACAAAGCUUUAAGAGUCAAAGCACAAACCCCGAGACCCUUGUUCUUCUUCCCAAAUUCCUCUUUCUCUCUCCAGUUUCUCUCUUCAAAUCCAAAUAUCUCUCUCUCUCGCAGUCUGAACCUUUUUCUCUCCUCAUUUUCGCCCCCAAGUUUUUGCCUUUCCCCCCUAUCAAAAUAUUAUCGUUAUUAUAUUAUUUUCCCUUCUCUUUUUAUUUUAGCAGGUUGACAUCAAAAACCCUAGCUUCUCUUCAUGCUCAAAACCCAAUCUGAAGCUCCGCGAAAGCUCGCCUUUUGUCGCCCGUGAUGCGCACUCCCGAAUUCGUUCAAAACCCUAGCUAUGUUUAGUUUUUCCAGCUUCUUAUAGCAGUUCAAUGCUGGGGGCAGUAUGCCGAUGAUUGUUGGGAGAAAUGCAAAGGUAUCAUGCUGGUGGCUGCACUAGUGCAGUUAAUAACAGUACUAUUGGGGGGGCAUCGGCUAGGGAUACUGCCCGAGCUGAUUCAUCUUCCUUGCCAGCUAACUACUCCUUGAAUUCUAGGCGGCAACCUCCAUUAACACCUUACAAGUUGAAGUGUGACAAAGAACCUCUUAAUUCAAGACUUGGUCCACCUGACUUUCAUCCGCAAACUCCGAAUUGCCCAGAAGAGACACUUACGAAAGAAUAUGUGCAAGCGGGAUAUAGGGAGACUAUUGAGGGACUUGAGGAAGCUAGAGAGAUAUCACUGACUCAGGCUCCAACUUUCUCCAAGCCCGUUGUCUUCAAGUGCAAAGAGGCUAUCAGGAAAUGUCUUAGGGCUAUAAAUGAAUCUCGAGCUCAAAAGCGAAAGGCUGGUCAAGUUUAUGGUGUUCCUCUCGCUGAUUCUCUGUUAACCAAGCCAGGUGUUUUUCCUGAGCAAAGGCCAUGUGGUGAAGACUUCCGCAAGAAAUGGAUUGAGGGUUUAUCACAACAGCACAAGCGAUUGCGUUCCCUGGUUGAUCAUGUUCCUCACGGUUAUAGGAAAAGAUCCCUUUUUGAGGUUAUUAUAAGGAAUAAUGUUCCCUUGCUUAGAGCAACCUGGUUUAUCAAAGUAACUUAUCUUAAUCAGGUUCGACCUGGUUCUGUUAAUAUUUCUUCUGGGACAUCCGAUAAAGCUCAGUUGUCUCGCACGGAGUUGUGGACAAAAGAUGUAAUUGAUUACUUACAGCACCUCCUGGAUGAGUUUUUCGCGAAGAAUCAUUCCCAUUCUACUUCACACAGCAGAGAUCGAUCAACACAAUUUCUGUAUGCUGGGUCUGUACACCAAAGGAGUGAUCCCGUAUCAGCUGGUCUUGACAUUGAAGAUUCUUCUCUACAUUUUAAAUGGUGGUACAUGAUGCGGCUCUUGCAGUGGCACUAUGCUGAUGGACUAAUUCUUCCUUCUCUUAUAAUUGACUGGGUUCUCCGUCAACUCCAGGAUAAAGAAUCUCUUGAGAUCGUGCAGUUACUAUUGCCAAUCAUAUAUGGUGUUUUGGAAACUGUUGUUCUAUCCCAAACAUAUGUGCGUAGUCUUGUUGGCAUAGCUGUUCGGUUCAUACGUGAACCUUCUCCUGGUGGCUCAGAUCUUGUAGAUAAUUCUCGUAAGGCAUACACAACCUCUGCAUUGGUUGAGAUGCUUCGAUAUUUAAUAGUUGCUGUGCCUGAUACAUUUGUAGCUUUGGAUUGCUUUCCAUUGCCAUCUUGUGUAGUCUCUCAUGUUGUAGCUGAUGGAAGUUUAUCAAAGUCAUCUUUUGAGGAUGUCAGAAAGAUUAAAAUUGGUUCAUCAGAAAUUUCAGUUCCAUUUAGAAGUAAAGGUCUUGAUGCCCAAUACCAGUCCUUAGCCCUAGACUAUGUUGUUUCAUCUAUUCAGAAGCGAGCUGACAGUCUUGCAAAAGCUGCACGUCCUGGCUAUCCAGGUCAUAGUGUGGCUAAAGUUGUAGAGGCUUUGGAUAGAUCUCGUGUACUGGGAGAUGUUAGAGGGGCUUACACAUUCCUCUUUGAAGAUCUUUGUGAAGGAGCUGUCAAUGAGCACUGGAUUGCAGAAGUCAGUCCUUGCUUAAGAUCAUCAUUGAAGUGGAUUGGGACUGUCAGCUUGUCACUUGUUUGCUCUGUGUUUUUACUUUGUGAGUGGGCAACAUGUGAUUUCAGGGAUUUUCGAACUGCCCCACCUGAUAAGCUGAAAUUCACCGGAAGAAAAGAUUUUUCUCAAGUGUAUAUUGCAAUCCGAAUUUUGAAGCUGAAGGCAGAAGGUUUGCAAAGUUCAUGUAGAUGCAAGAGUGACAACUCCCUCGGAGUUAAAACUAUCACAAAAUCUUCCAGUCAACAGAAUAGUUUUCUUGCAAGAACAUCCAUGGGAGAUUUAUACGACUUAAAGAGUAAUAUAAGAAAUGUGGAUCAACAAAGUAUGAAGACAUCUUGUAUUUUUGAGAGCCCAGGAGCUUUACAUGAUAUAGUAGUAUGUUGGAUUGAUCAGCAUGAAGCAUGCAAAGGAGAUGGCUUUCAACGUCUUCAGCUACUCAUAGUGGAACUGAUACGUGCUGGAAUCUUCUACCCCCAGGCUUAUGUAAGGCAGCUAAUGGUUAGUGGAAUCAUGGAAAUGAAUGGAUCCACGGUUGAUGCUGAUAGGCGAAAGAGGCACUAUAGGAUCUUGAGACAGUUGCCUGAGUUCUUUGUGCGUGAUGCACUGCAAGAGGCUGGGUUUGCUGAAGGGCCACAACUUUUGGAGGCCAUGCAUGUUUACGCAAAUGAAAGGAGACUAGUACUCAGUGGACUUAUCUGCAAUCUAAAUAAAAAUUUGAACAAAACAUGGACAUUAGCUCCAAAGCAAACAAUUUAUCCAACCUCCGGCAAGGAUGGGGCUUCAUCAGCUUCAGUUGAUCAAUGGAAGUCUAUUCAGUUAUCAUCAAACGUAUUUUCUGGUAACAAAGUGAAAAAUGACAUUGGUAUUGAUGAUCUCAAGGAAACAAUCUCAAUACUAUUGCAGCUUCCCAACACUUCAUCGAAAUCCACAGAUACAGGCCUGGAUGAAAUGCAACUUAAUGCUAAGAGAUCCUCUGCUUUACUCUUUAACAAGAUGGAUAUGGGUGAAGGCACACCUGGGUGUGAAGAAUGUAAAAGAGCAAAGAGACAAAAGCUGGGUGAGGAAAGAAGCUUAGGCCUUCAAGGACAUUCUCCGACUUUAUCAGAUGAGGAAGAUACCUGGUGGGUGAAGAAGGGAACCAAGUCUUUGGAGUCUUUUAAGGUUGAUCCGCCUCUCAAGUCAAGUAAGCAGGUCUCCAAAAAUAGGCAGAAGGUAGUCCGUAAGACUCAAAGUCUUGCUCAAUUACAAGCUGCUAGAAUUGAGGGUAGCCAGGGAGCUUCUACAAGCCACGUUUGUGAUAUUAAAGUAAGCUGCCCUCAUCAUAGAAAUGGAAUAGAAGGAGAAACUUCUAAAUCUACAGAUGGGCUCAGAACAAACCACUGUCAAGAUGUUGUUUCAAUUGGAAAAGAACUAAAGCGACUACGUUUUGUAGAGAAGAGGACCGUUUCAGUUUGGUUGAUGACUGUUCUUAGGCAGGUUGUUGAGGAGACUGAAAAAACGAUAGCCAAGGUUGGACAAAUGGGAAGGUCUUUCACUUCUGUUGAUGACAGGAAUGGCAUACGAUGGAAACUUGGUGAGGACGAACUAUCCACUAUACUGUAUCUGAUGGAUGUUUCCAAUGAUCUAGUGUUGGCUGUCAAAUUUGUCCUUUGGUUACUGCCAAAGGUGCAUGGUAGCCCCAAUUCUACAAUCCAUGGUGGAAGGAGCAGUCUACUGUUGCCAAGAAAUGUGGAAAGUCAAGUGUGUGAAGUGGGAGAGGCAUUUUUGGUAUCAUCCCUUCGGAGGUAUGAAAACAUACUUAUUGCACAAGAUCUUAUUCCAGAAACAUUGUCAGCCGCAAUGCACCAUGCUGCCUCAGUCAUGGCCUCUAAUGGGAGAGUUUCGGGUUCAUCAGCCCUGGUCUAUGCUCGAUAUUUGUUGAAAAGAUAUGGGCAUGUAGCCAGUGUUGUUGAAUGGGAGAAGACUUUUAAGGCAACAUGUGAUAAGAGACUUGUUUCUGAACUUGAAUCUGGAAGGUCAGGGGAUGGGGAGGUGAAUUUUCCACUUGGAGUGCCUGCAGGAGUUGAAGAUCUUGAUGAUUUUAUCCGUCAAAAAAUUAGUGGUGGCCGUUUGUCUAGAGUGGGUGCAAACAUGAGAGAGAUAGUGCAACGAAAUUUAAACUCUGAGGAUGUCCUUCAGUAUUUCUUUGGCAAGGAGAGAAAGGUCUUUGGUGCUGGGACGCCUAAGGCUCCCGUUUCAGAAAAGUGGGACGAUGGAUAUCAGGUAGCUCAAAGGGUGAUUGCUGACCUAAUGGACUGUAUUAGGCAGACUGGUGGUGCUGCUCAAGAAGGGGACCCAACUUUGGUGUCUUCUGCUGUUUCUGCCAUUGUUGGUAAUGUUGGGCCUACUAUUGCAAAACUGCCAGACUUUAGAGCAGUAAUUGGCUACCCAAAUUUUCCGUCUGCAACAGAAUCUUUGAACGUUGCUAGACGUGUUUUGCGCAUCCAUAUAAGUUGCCUAAGCCUACUUAAGGAAGCACUAGGAGAGCGCCAAACCCGUGUAUUUGAGGUAGCCCUUGCAACUGAAGCUUCGUCAGCCCUUGCUGGGGUCUUUGCUCCUGGAAAGGGAUCUCGAAAUCAGUUUCAGUUAUCUCCCGACUCCCAUGAUUCUAACAGUAGCAUGUCUAAUGAAAGCUUAAACAAUUCCACAAAAGUAGUGUUCACAAGAGCAACUAAAUUCGCCGCAGCUGUUUCUGCUCUUAUUGUUGGGGCAGUUGUUCAUGGGGUUACUAGCCUGGAGAGAAUGGUAACUGUGUUCAGACUGAAGGAAGGAUUGGAUGUAGUUCAAUUCAUAAGGAGCACAAGAUCCAGUUCUAAUGGUAGUUCCCGUUCAAUUGGGGCUUUUAAGAUGGACAACUUAAUUGAAGUUUAUGUUCAUUGGUUUAGGCUGCUUGUGGGCAACUCCAGAACAGUAACUGAGGGAUUGGUUGUGGAACUCUUGGGUGAACCAUCUAUAGUAGCACUUUCAAGGAUGCAGAGAAUGCUUCCUGUUGCCUUAGUAUUUCCUCCUGCCUAUUCAAUAUUUGCUUUUGUUAUAUGGAGGCCGUUCAUUUUGGGUGCAAGCCUUUCAAUUCGUGAAGAUAUUAAUCAGUUAUAUCAGUCUUUAAUGGCAGCUAUUAGUGAUGCCAUAAAGCACUUACCUUUUCGAGAUGCAUGUCUGAGAGAAAGUCAAGGGCUUUAUGAUCUUGUAGCUGCAGACAAUAGUGAUGCUGAUUUUGCGGCAAUGCUAGAGUUGAGUGGUUCUGACUUGCAUUUAACAUCCAAGGCCUUUGUUCCUCUACGAGCAAGGCUUUUCUUGAAUGCUGUCAUUGAUUGUAAGAUGCCAGGGGACGUAAAUCGGGUCUCAGGACAAGGUGAAUCCAAAACCCAAUUUGCAGAGACGGAAUCAAAGCUUUUGAAUAAGCUUGUACAUGUUUUGGAUACCCUUCAACCUGCAAAGUUUCAUUGGCAGUGGAUAGAGCUUCGGCUUCUUUUGAAUGAGCAAACCCUCGUUGAAAAGCUUAGGAACCAUGAUAUGUCCCUUGCAGAUGCCAUACGUUCAUCAUCACCCAGUCCUGGAAAAGCUGCUGGCUCUGAAAAUGAGAACAAUUUUAUUCAAAUCAUCCUCACAAGGUUAUUGGUCAGACCUGAUGCCGCCUCCCUUUUCUCGGACGUGGUUCAUCUUUUUGGGAGGUCACUAGAGGAUUCUAUGUUGUUGCAGGCCAAGUGGUUUCUUGGUGGUGCCGAUGUUCUUUUGGGACGGAAAACUAUUAGACAACGACUUCUUAAUAUAGCUGAGAGUGACGGUCUUCCAACUAAGGCCCCUUUUUGGAAGCCUUGGGGCUGGUUUAAUUCUGGAACUCACCCAGCGAUAAGCGGGGACAAAAAGAAAUUUGAGUCCGCCUCCCUUGAAGAAGGAGAAGUUGUUGAAGAGGGAACAGAUUCAAAAAGGUGUAGAAAAACGUUUCACAGUGAGAGCUUCAGUUCUAGCCAGCAGCAUGUGACGGAGAGGGCUCUUGUUGACUUACUUCUUCCUUGCAUAGAUCAGAGCUCCGAUGACUCUCGCAAUACCUUUGCUAGUGAUCUAAUUAAGCAGUUUAAUAAUAUUGAGCAACAGGUUAAUACAAUUACACGUGGGCUGGAUAAGCAAGCAGGACCAACUAGUUCUGGAAUUGAGGGUCCAGCAACCAAAGGAAGUAAUCGCAAAGUUAUUAAGGGCGGGAGUCCUGGAUUAGCCAGACGAACAACAACAAGUGCAGCAGAUUCUGCUCUGCCUACCCCUGCUGCUUUGCGAGCUUCUAUGUUGUUGCGAUUGCAGUUACUUUUGAGAUUGCUUCCAGUGAUUUAUGCUGAUGGGGAACCAUCAGGGAAGAACAUGAGGCAUACACUUGCUUCUGUAAUACUUCGUCUUUUAGGAAAUCGCGUUGUGCAUGAGGAUGUAGAUCUUUCUUUAAAUCAUAUUCAACAUAAUUUGUCCAAGAGGGAGGUGGAAUCUUCGACAGACGCUGCAUCUGCCAUCAUUACGGAUUUAUCAGGUGGAAGUCUCUUUGAUCGGUUAUUGUUGGUUCUGCAUGUGUUAUUGAGCGGUGUCCAACCAAGUUGGUUGAGAUCAAAGCCUGGUCCCAAGUCAACCAAUGAAUACACAAGGGACAUUUCUGUAAUUGAUCGCGAGUUGGCAGAGAAUUUGCAGAAUGACUUAGAUCGUAUGCAACUUCCUGACAUGAUUCGGUGGCGUAUUCAAACGGCAAUGCCUGUUCUUCUUCCUUCUGUACGGUGUUUUGUAAAUUGCCAGCCACCUUCUAUUCCAAAUGCUGCUUUUGCAUCUCUUCAACCCGUCAUCUCAAAUCCUGGGUCCUACUCAGGAAACUUAAUCACGUCUCAGAGGAACCACUUUCCUGCGGCACGUUCUGCAACUAACACAGCAGGGAAGUCCAAGCCCUUGCCCUUACAGGACCAUGAUACAGAAAUUGACCCAUGGACGCUCCUGGAAGAUGGUGCUGGAUCAGGCCCAUCUUCAAGUAACAGUGGCUUGAUAGGCAGUGGAGACCAUGCUAAUCUUCGAGCGUCUAGUUGGCUUAAAGGGGCUGUUCGGGUGAGACGUAAAGACCUCACAUACAUUGGGGCUGUGGAUGAUGACAACUGAAUUUAACUUCACUCACUUCAUUCUGCAAUUUUUCUGGAGUGAGCUAGCCCCUCUGCAGGUAAUCUAAUGUUUCCAUUUGUUGCCCAAAAUUGGCGUCAAGAUCACCAUAUUUUGUUGACCUCCUCUUUGACAAUAGAGGAGCUGCGAAGAGGGAAUUUUUUGGCGGGUGGAGGAGUUUUGGAGGUAGAACGUGAAGAUAUCGUCCCAUGCCGCCCGUCCAACCAAGUCUUGGACCUGCUUGACUACUAACCCUUUGAUUAUCCCCCGUCCAAGCUUUUACAAGUCUGCAGUUUGGACACUGUUGUAUAUAUAGAGAUAAUUGUUUCACUUUAUCAAUUGAUUUAAGUAAAAUAUCUAAAGAAUGACCUGUAGUUGUUUCU